AUGGGGGACAUUGAUGGAGGAAACUCUGCUCCGUUAACUCCUCGGCCAGCAUCUUUGGCUCCAACACCACCUAUGGCCCAAACUCCGUCCAUAAUAGUAUCGGCUCCUCCUUCGCAAUUCCAUUCCCCAUCUUUAUCCCGCUCACCACUCCUAACUCCAGGUGGUACUGUGAGGAAAACCCCAAGAUUUCGAACUCCAAGGUUCAUUACUCCCUUGGGAAGCCCUAUAAGGAAGGCCCUUAAACUCACAAAGCUCGACCCACAAGAUGCUUGGCUUCCAAUUACUGAGUCCAGAAAUGGAAAUGCAUACUAUGCAGCUUAUCAUACCUUGUGUUCUGGGAUUGGAAUCCAGGCCCUUGUACUCCCCGUCGCCUUCACCAUUCUUGGCUGGACGUGGGGUGUCAUUUGCUUAACACUGGCAUUUAUAUGGCAGCUAUAUACACUAUAUUUACUGGUACAACUCCAUGAAUCACACGAAAAUGGUAUCCGAUACAGUAGAUACAUGCAAUUAGCAAGUGCAACUUUUGGUGAAAAACUCUCCAAGUUCUUGGCUGCGUUUCCAAUCAUGUAUCUAUCAGGAGGUACAUGCGUGGCUCUGAUUGUGAUCGGAGGUUCAACUUCUAAGAUGUUCUAUCAGACUCUGUGUGGAGCCACAUGCACCUCUAAGCCAUUGACCACCGUGGAGUGGUACCUGGUAUUUACAUGUGCGGCAGUGCUUCUGUCUCAGCUGCCAAACAUGAACUCCAUUGCCGGUGUGUCGCUGAUCGGGGCUAUUACUGCCGUCGGUUAUUGCACCAUGAUAUGGGUGGUGUCCGUGGCUGAGGGCAGGCUACCUAAUGUGUCGUAUAGCCCAGUGAGAGCUGGCACGGAAAUUGUUAGGAUUUUUGAUGUUUUGAAUGCACUUGGGAUCAUUUCUUUCGCUUUCAGAGGCCAUAAUCUCAUUCUUGAAAUCCAGGCUACCAUGCCUUCUGAUGAGAAGCAUCCCUCGAGCGUGCCAAUGUGGAGAGGCGUAAAAUCUGCAUAUUCAAUCGUAGCAUUGUGCUUAUUCCCACUUGCUAUUGGAGGCUAUUGGGCUUAUGGUCACAUGAUUCCAGCCAACGGUGGGAUGCUAACAGCAUUGUACACGUUUCACAGUCAAGAUGUUGCACGGUCGGUGUUAGGGUUGAUAAGUUUCUUCGUCAUAAUUAAUGCAAUGAGCUCGUUCCAAAUUUACGGUAUGCCAAUGUUUGACGACAUGGAAUCAAAUUACACAAAGAGGUUUAAGAAGCCAUGCCCAUGGUGGCUCCGAUCAAUCAUUAGGGCUAUGUUUGGAUACGGGUGCUUCUUUGUUGCGGUGGCAAUUCCAUUCCUGGGUAGUGUGGCUGGUUUAAUCGGAGGAAUUGCAUUGCCGGUGACUUUGGCUUAUCCAUGUUUCAUGUGGCUUAAGAUGAAGAAACCAAAGAUGUAUAGUCCAACAUGGUGGCUUAACUGGGCAUUGGGUCUUAUUGGAAUGGGAUUGAGUGGAAUUUUAAUUGCUGCUGGGAGCAAAGAGGGGCAAAAACACACUCUGAUGGAUGAGCUACAACAUUCUCAUAGCCACUCAAGCUCGUCUAGCGAGGAGGAAGUAGAAGAGGGCGGAGAAAGGAGAAAGAAGAAGAAGAAGAAGGGUCUAAAGGAUGCUAUCAAGGAUAAGAUAUCUGGAGAUGAAGGAGAAGACUCUGUGCACAAAGACACGAGCAUUCCCGUUGAGAAAUGUAAUGAAGAAGCAAACGCUGAAACAGCUAAGGCAGAAGAAAAGAAGGGCUUUCUGGAGAAGAUCAAAGAAAAACUUCCUGGCCAACACCAGAAGAUUGAAGGCACUGAAACUCCAGAUGCAUAUGAGCAUUCCCCAGGAAGCGAUGUAAAGGAGAAGAAAGGGAUAAUGGACAAGAUCAAGGAGAAGUUGCCCGGGCAUCCUAAUGAAAAGGAAGACUAA